UUGUCACGUGGUUACGUCAUAUGUUCGAAAUGGAGGGCACAGGUAUUUGUUGGCCUCAGUCCUGCGGUGAUAUCCUUGUAGUAUUGUGCGCGGUAUCUCAUCAACCUGUCUUCAAUGCCAGCUCAAAAGUUCGUGGAUAAACAUUCUCUAAAAAUACUAAAUAUGGAGCCUACCGGGAUUCCGCCCAAUAAUUCUCAUCAACAUUUGAUGAACGACGAUGGAGACAGUGUUGACACCGUUGUACCACCGUUGACGUCAAAUUCAACUGAUCCUAGGAGUGGCGCGAAAAGGACAAAUGUUGAAAGUGGGGUUACUAAGAGACAAAUUCUCACUGUCGUAGUUUUGUGCUUUGUCAACUUGAUCAACUACAUGGACCGAUAUACGAUUGCUGGAAUCCUGACUGACAUCGAGGACUACUUCAAUCUUCCGGACGACAAGACGGGUCUGCUGCAGACGGCUUUCGUGGUGAGCUACAUGAUCUUCGCGCCGCUCUUCGGCUACCUGGGGGACCGCCACAGUCGUAGGGCCAUCAUGGCGGCGGGAGUCUUCCUCUGGAGCAUCACCACCCUGCUCGGCUCCUUCAUGAAGGAUUACCACUGGUUCCUGCUGUUCCGCACUCUGGUGGGCAUCGGAGAGGCCAGCUACUCCACCAUAGCCCCCACCAUCAUCAGUGACCUGUUCGUGCAGGACAUCCGCUCCAAGAUGUUGGCGCUCUUCUACUUCGCCAUCCCGGUCGGCAGUGGUCUCGGUUACAUCGUGGGCUCGGAGACUGCCAGAAUGACCGGCGCCUGGCAGAACGGCUUGAGAGUAACUCCUGUACUGGGAAUGAUCGCUGUGGUGCUGAUCCUGUUCGUGAUGACAGACCCAGAGAGAGGGGAAAGUGAGGGGAAGACGCACCUGUCUCCCACCUCCUGGAGCCGGGACGUGAAGCUGCUUCUGCGCAACCCGAGCUUCAUGUUGUCGACGGCAGGUUUCACCUGUGUGUCUUUCGUAGCCGGAGCCCUCGCCUGGUGGGGUCCUCACUUCAUAUUCAUGGGUCUGAAGCUGCAGCCCGGCUACGAGAACGUCACUCUCAGCGAAGUUAAUCUGGUGUUCGGUGGGACUACAAUGGUGUCGGGCGUGAUCGGUGUGCCGUUGGGCUCCUACCUGUCGCGCACACUGCGACGCUUCUCCCUGCGCUAUGACGCACUCAUCUGUGCUGUCGGACUGUUUGUCAGCGCUGCGUUCACAGCCGGUGUACUGCUAGGCGCGGCCAGCUGGAAUCAUAUAGUCCUCUACACUGUUGUUUUCCUCGCAGAACUGGCCAUUAACAUCAACUGGUCCAUUGUGUCGGACAUGCUGCUGUAUGUUGUUACUCCAACAAGAAGAUCAACAGCAGAAGCGUUCCAGAUCCUGAUCUCCCACAUGUUCGGUGAUGCCGGCAGUCCUUACCUAGUAGGAUUGAUAUCGGAGGCUCUGAAGAGGUCACUGUCUGUGGGCACAACAGUGCUCGUGCUGACCUCCGCAGUCAGCUCCACGCCGGAGCCCAGUCCGGAGGUUCAGUUCCACAGUCUCCAGUACGCUCUGUUCACCACCAACUUCGUGGAGGUGCUUGGCGGUCUGUUCUUCCUCUUCACUGCUCUCUACAUUGUCCAAGACAAGGAGAACGCAGAGAGAGAACUUGCAGGUAAGCACGUCGAGGACGGGUUGCCCGGAAUGAUAGAAAUCCCUCUGCUCAGCAUUACAGACCUCAGCAGCCCUGUUAAGGUUCGAUCGGAAAAGGGUAGAUAGUGCUCCGGGAUGUUUGGUGCGGGCUGGACCAGUGAAAGGUCAAGAUAAUCCCGGGCUCCCCACCCACAUCUACGCGGACGAUCCCGCGCUAAGCCAGAGCGUGGCCGAGCUCAUGUCGUAGUGAUCACGUCGUCUGCUGUACAUAUCACCGUGUAAAUAGACACUUGUACAUUCACGUCAAGCUGCCGGACCCGAGUGUGUGAAUUUCAACAGAAUUUUGUAAGAUAGAGUGUUGUUUGUAAAUAUAUAAUUUUUUUUACAUUUCACUUUUUUAAUGAUGGAGGCAGAUAAACAUCAAAUAUAAUAUUUUAUUUAAUGUUUUACACACGUUUUAAAUUUUGUAAGGCACAAAAAGUAUAUGAAAAAGAUUAAUUUCAUAGUUAAUUUUUCCUUUGUAUUUUAUUAAUACGUUUUAAAAUCUACACUCAACUAACUACUACUAGAAUGUUUUUAUCUGUAAUAAUCACAAUGCUUCCAGUAAUCUAAUUUUCUGAUUCGUUUAUUCAAAUAAAAAUCAAUUUUGACAAAGGAAUAAUUGAUUGCAAUGGAUUUUUUACGUCAAUCAUGCAAAUCAAUUGAAAAUUGUGUCAAUUUAUGUGUAAUAUUAUGUAUAUAUAUAUAAUUAUUUGUAUAUCUAACUAUAAAUACUAGCGACAGAUGAAUAUAAAUGUGUUGUUUAAUAUAUUUUUAUUAAGAGUAUGUACAGAUAACAAGACACGUCUGCAAGUUCCUUAAUAAUAAGUUAGCUUCAACUCUCCUUUUAGGUUUUGCCUACUCGGCGAAAUCAGUACGUACCUUAAUACUGGCUAGCAAGAUACUUAAGUAUUUAUAUUCUGUUAAAUAUACACCAACUUAUUUAUAUGUUAAGAGAUUCGAUUUAGUUUUCCAUUGAAAAGUUCUUCAAACGAAUUUAGUAUGCAAGUUGUUGUUUUACAAUACUAUAGUAGGUAUGAUUUGUUUGAAAAGUGUUUUACAGAAUUUAUUGUUAAAUAUCAAUGUAUUGUUUUUAAAGACUGCUGUUAGUUUAGUAUAUUUUUGUAAAUAUUCAUUUUUGAUUAAUGUUGUAGUGGUAUCAUUGAUGUAUUCUUCUAUAAAUGUGGUUCUACCAGAAAA